UCCAAUGGGCCGGGUUAUAAGCUAGUUUUAAAAAGAAGGCCAACCCCCAUCAAGAGGAAAGGGCUCAAUCAAGCCUCUUCUCUGCUGCUGCUGGCUUCCUUCCUCCUCCGCCGUACCCCUCCUAUCUCUCUCUCCCCGGUCGCCCGCCGUUGACCACCAAACCCUAGAGAUCUGUUCACUUCAGGCCUCAAUUCCACCAAUUCGAGGUUAGAUCUCCCAUCUUCGCCCUCUCUCGGGUCCCUCCAGACAUCAUUUCUAGGGUUUUUGUCCGCCCACCCGCUCCCAGUUCUGUAGCUGUGAGAGAGGGGCGCUUACUUUGUCUCCCAUGUCUUGGCUGUGAUUAACGCUUCUGUUUUUCCAGAUCUGGUGAAUCGAGGGCUGCUCCGUCGAGGUCAAAAAAAGCUUUACCUUUUUAACCCUCCUCGCCGACGUUGGGCUGAUGAGAGCGAGCGAAGCGAAGUUCAGGAUCUUCUUUUCUCGAGAAGGGUUGUGUUACUUGAUGGUUGGUUUCAUCUCAGAUCUGGGCUGGGUUGGAUUGGUUGCUUUUCGUUCUGGGAUUUAGUUCUGUGAUUGGUUUUGGGUAGGGUUUGAGUUUAGUUCGGGAUGUCUAUCUUGGCGAAAGGCGAGUCGAUUCAUAUUCGAGAGGUGUGGAAUGACAAUCUGGAAGAGGAGUUUGCUUUGAUUCGUGAUGUUGUUGAUCAGUACAGCUUCGUUGCUAUGGAUACGGAGUUUCCCGGUGUGGUGCUCCGCCCUGUGGGCACUUUCAAGAACAUCAAUGACUAUAACUACCAGACUUUGAAGGAUAAUGUUGAUAUGUUGAAACUGAUCCAGCUGGGGCUCACUUUCUCCGAUGAGAACGGGAACUUGCCCACAUGUGGGACGGAUCAGCUGUGCAUUUGGCAGUUCAAUUUCCGGGAGUUCAAUGUCGGUGAGGACAUCUAUGCUAGCGACUCCAUUGAGUUGCUGAGGCAGUGCGGGAUUGAUUUCAAGAAGAACAAUGAGAAGGGUAUUGAUGUGAGCCGGUUCGGUGAGCUUCUGAUGUCGUCGGGGAUUGUGUUGAACGAAGGUGUGCACUGGGUCACUUUCCACAGUGGGUAUGAUUUCGGGUACUUGCUCAAGCUCUUGACUUGCAGGAGCCUGCCCGAGACGCAAGCUGGAUUCUUCGACCUGAUCAAUAUGUACUUCCCCAUGGUGUAUGACAUCAAGCACCUGAUGAAGUUCUGUAACAGUCUUCACGGUGGCUUGAACAAGCUGGCCGAGUUGUUGGAGGUCGAGAGAAUUGGUGUGUGCCAUCAGGCUGGCUCCGAUAGCUUGCUCACAUCCUGCACUUUCAGGAAAUUGAGGGACAACUUCUUCAAUGGCUCAACAGAGAAGUAUGCUGGUGUGUUGUAUGGUCUUGGCGUUGAGAAUGGCCAAAAUACUAAUUGAAAGAUUGAGUAAUUGUGUGAAACAAGAUUUGAAGAAAAUAUUUGUAGACUACCUCCUGGGGUUGUGUGACUUUGGUAAUUCUCUUUUGUAUACUUUUGGUAAAAGAGAGUGUUGUUUCUAGUAGUGACUUUCUUUGUAACCAAAACCUUGACCGGGUUUUGUAGCUUGGGUUUUCCUUUGUAAAUUAUUGCAGUCAGCUAGUGGUUUUCAACUUUCAAUAAGAACCUAGUAGUUCCUUGCAAGCUUAAUUCCGAUGAUGAUUUUGACUAUGUAAUCUAUAGAUAUGCUUAAUAUGUUCGUAUCAUCAAGUGGGGUGAACUGUAAUUCUCUGAAGCUAUAGAAAUUUCAUCUUCAUUCAUCUCUUUGGCAUGAUCCCCAACCUUUCUGUAUGUAUCUGUAUACUUGGCUAGAGUGUAGAAAUCUAAACUGUAUAUAAACAAAUUCGUUUGAAUCAAUCCUUCUGGCACUUUUGCAUUUGAUUCCAGCUCAUGUUUUUAGCCGUCAGUAUGUCGAUUUCGAAUUGAGACCAAGGUUAGAGCACAAGAAUGCAGGAUCAAGAAAGACAGAUGGUUUGUAAGAAGUUCAUGCACCCUACAAACCCUUUCAACUGCACAGACUAACCCGUUUGUGAAGAUAUGCAUGUAUGAACACAGUGUUGUACAUUCUGGGUAAUAGGGAAGGCUCUUGUUGUGUGAGGCAACACAAUUGUAUCCAGGAAUGUCUGUUUUUAGAAGACUCAAACACAUUUUGUAUAGUCGACUGUAAUGGGGUAAAUUCCCAAAAUAUUGUUUUUUUUUUUCAUUUACCACCAAUAUGGUGGUUUUAAGUAUAUUUACACAAAUAUUGUGUUUUUGUGGGAAAAGGUUCGCGGGAGACUUAAAUUUAGUGGUUUGAAAAGCGGAUCCAAAGUGGACUAUUGCGGACCCGCACCAGACUCAUGCGGACUCGCAUAAACAAAAAGGCCGAGCCAGUCUCGUGCGUCUUCUACCCCCAUCCUCUCUCGUCCGCAGCGACGCCACAAACAUCCCCCCCCCCCCCACCAUCGCCAAAACCCACCAUCGACACCCACCAGCGUCGACCGCCACAAAUCCCCCCACUCUCACGCGGGUUCAACCCGUAUUCCUGGGGAAACGCCUUCGUCGACGCAGAAAAGGCCGAGAGUCACGCGGAAGCGUAGGAGAGAAGAGGCGGACGAAGAAAACCAUAUCUGUGUUUUCUGGUUUUGAUGUCGGGCUCCGACGAAGAACAGGCGACCGCCGGAGGAAGAGGUCGUGGAAGAGGACGACAUGCACACGGCCGGUACCGAGGUGAGCAAUUCACCGGUCGGAAGCUCGCUGCCGGCGGCCGGAAUCUCACCACCGACGGGUUUUUUUCCUGCUUUUUUUCCAUUUCCUAGGAUUCUUGACACUUAUUCCACGAGACGACCGCCUGCGACGAUUGAUACAGCUCCGGUCGAUUCAGUAUUCCUUUGGGCACAUGGUCAACAUCGUGCCGACUCACUUUGGCAAAACGAGGUAAGUAUUUUAUUUCAUUAAAGUUCAUUAGCUAGUUAGAUUAGAAUUUUGUGAAAUUAAUAUUAGUUUGAUUAGAUAUAUUUUACUAAAUUAGAUUGAUUUUA